UUUACCCUCCUCGCCACACUCCCUCUCGCCUCGCUCCUUCUCUCUAUUUCCAUCUUUGAGCUUUAUCCCUUCAUCUCUGAUCUCCUUCAUCCCCUGCAAUCCUCACCGGCGCGAGGAGAGACAGGGAGGAGUUGCGCACCAAGGGGCAGUCGGCGGGGGAGCGCGUCCGAGAGCAGCGGGGCAGAAGUCGCAUCCUGGGAUUGUGGAGUGUCCACGAAAGGAACGGACGUGUGAAGGAAAGUUUCACUCAAGUUUCCCGCCACUAACGUCCCCUAGCGACUGUCGCCAUGGCAGCUGAGAAAGCUGAGAUCGAUGCUUUGAAAAAGGAGUGCGACGGGCUCCGUGCCAAGAUCGAAGCGGCGCGCAAGGCCGUCAACGACACCACCAUGUCGGCGGCGGCGGGCAGCUUGGCCUCGGUGGGUCGCGUUCAGCUGAAGCAGAGGAAGACGCUCAAAGGUCACUUGGCCAAAAUCUACGCCAUGCACUGGUCAGCUGACUCCAGGCAAAUGGUGAGCGCGUCGCAGGAUGGCAAACUCCUGGUGUGGGACACCUUCACAGGGAACAAGCUGGUGGCCGUACCGCUGAAGUCGGCCUGGGUGAUGAGCGUAGCCUUCGCGCCCUCCGACAACCUGGUGGCCAGCGGAGGUCUGGACAACAUGUGCACCGUCUGCAACAUCAAAGCUGCCAGUCCCAAGACCCUGAGGGAACUGGACGCGCACACAGGUUACCUGUCCUGCUGCCGCUUCCUCAGCGACACUGAGAUCCUCACAGCCUCCGGCGACACCACCUGCUGCCUGUGGGACCUGGAGACGGGCAAGCAGAAGAUCGUGUUCACCAACCACAUCGGUGACUGCAUGUCUUUGGCUCUGUCCCCCGACAUGAACAUGUUCAUCUCGGGGGCCUGCGACUCCCUGGCCAAGCUGUGGGACAUCCGGGAAGGCACCUGCAAGCAGACGUUCAUCGGACACACCAGUGACAUCAACGCCAUCGCUUUCUUCAAGAGCGGCAACGCCAUCAUCACAGGCUCGGACGACUGCAGCUGCAAGAUGUACGACCUGCGCGCCGACCAGGAAGUGAUCAGCUACCAGGACACCAGCCUGAACGCCGGCGUCACGUCCCUGGCGCUCUCCAACUCAGGCCGCCUCAUCUUCGCCGGCUACGACGACUUCAACUGCCACAUUUGGGAUUCUCUCAAGGGGGAGAAAGUCGGUGUUCUGUCCGGCCACGACAACCGCGUCAGCUGCACCGGCGUUCCCGAGGACGGCAUGGGCGUCUGCACGGGAUCGUGGGACAGCUUCCUCAAACUGUGGAACUGAGAGCGUCCUGGCCAGGAACGCCGUCGGGAGAGGGAAGACAAAAACAAAACAGAAGGCUAGAUGUCGUUCUAAGAAGGUUUCAUCACGUCUGUCUCUCUCUCAUCCUUAUCCAUCUAUGUGGGGAAGCCAGGAAGAUGGCCACCGUGUCCCACUGUACCAGCAAUGAAGAUAUCUAGCGCAUUAUACUACACCAGUAUGAGCAGAGAAAACGCACACUCUUAUACACGUUAAGAUGAUUUGACAAGUUUUAAGCAACAAUAAUCAAAUAAAUAAAUCAAACUGAAAUAAUUGCUACUGAACAAAGUGUAGGAAUGCAGAUGUGUUUUUACCGUGACAGGUCUCAUUAAUAAGACUUGCACUUGUCUGUAUAUAGUAUGUACUAGUUGCAUUUAUUUCUAUUUAAUAGUGUCAAACGUUAGCUGGGACACAAUUUUCAUUCAGUGUCUUUUUUUUUUUUCUGGACUGCAUGUAGAGAUCCUGGAGGCCCCUCCCCCAUCACCCCCCUCCUUUUACUGUGCAGAUCCAUAUGUUGAUUUACAUGUAUGAUCUUUAAUAUAUGCAGAUGAGUGAAAGGUCAAUUCAGGCCUGCUGUGAAACACCUGUAACUGCAUUUUCUAGUACUUUUACGCGUGUGCAGUUCCUCUGUAAAAAGAAACUUUCUAAUAAAUGGAGAGUUCUGCAUUAAUGGCAGGCAGCGAG